CUUUCAUCCGCCACCCCCAUUUUCUUCCCAUCACAUAUAUCAAUCAAUCCAGUUAUAUAUAUAAAAAAACGUACCAUGGCAAAGUUCGCUCUCCUCGUAGCCACUUUCGCUCUCGCUUUCUUCCUCGUCAACGCCUCCAUCUACCGGACCACGGACGGCGACGAAGAAAACUGGUACCGACACGACCGGCGGUCGUGUCAAGACCAGAUAUGGCAGCAAGGCUACCUCCCAAACUGUCAGUGGUACAUGAACGAACAGGCCGGCCGCAGCCACAGCGGAUACGGCACCCACUACCUCAACUCGUGCUGCUACGAGCUCCAGAACCUAAGGCAGGAUUGCCGGUGCCAAGGCUUGAAACAGGCGUUAGGACAACAGCUGAAGCUGCAGGGAGUACGGUGGGAGAGUCGAGAGGCUGAAGAUAUGUGUGAAGCGGCAGAGACGGCACUGAAUAGGUGUCGUUUAGAUUCUAGGAGAUGUGAUAUGCAUAGUUGAAGAUGGCUUUAGAUAUAAAAUCUAAGACCCAAAAAUGCUAAACGCAAAAUAAGUGUAAUGCAUGCAAUGCAUGUUGUUUAGUUGUUCACCGGUUGAGGUUUUUGUAGUAUAUCUGAUAUGAAUAAAGCACAUUAUCGUGUGCAUUGCGUUUAGUA